AUGGCGGCCCCGGAGAGCAAGUCCAUCAAGGACCUCAACGGCAAAUGGACCUUGGUACGUUCACCACGCUGCCUCCCCCCCCCCUCCCCCGCCUCGCCCGCUCCCGCUGAACCGUUGUGGCGCGACGUGAAGAACAAGGACCUCUCCGACUCGGCCGACCCCGGCCUGCAGAUCCAGGGCCUCGGCUACUUCCUCCGCAAGGGCAUCGGCAUGGCCAGCAUCACCAUCACCAUCAAGCAGUACGAGGGUCCCCCCAAGGCGCCCUCCACCGCCGACGGCAACUUCACCCACAUCGACCUCGAGUCGAACGCGUCCGGCCUCAGCUCCACGAGCGAGUUCCGCUGCCUCGACGGCGUCUGCCGCGAGCACACCGACUGGAUCUUUGGCAAGGUCAAGGGCCAGUCCGGCUGGGUCUCGGUCGACGAGCUCGACGACGACUUCCUCAAGAAGGGCUGGCUCCCCGAGGCCCAAGGCAAGAACCUGAUCAAGACGCAGGCCAUCAGCCAGGACAACGGCUGGACUGCCACCCAGGUCUGGGGCUUCCAGGAGGUCAAGGGCGAGAGGAGGUACUGCCGCAACAUCGUCAUCCAGAAGGGCGACCAGCGUGCCGAGUUCCGCUUCGUCUACAACCACUGCCCUGAAUGA